UUAUAAACGAACAAAAAAUAAAAAGCAGCAACCAUUUUCCGAGCACAACCAUAGGGAAAAAUGGAAGUAACCAUCGAAGAAACCAGCGCAAUUUACCCUUCUAAGCAGCCUUUCACUGAAGAUCAUGUCCUUCCUCUCUCCCACCUUGACACUGACCGGAACAUGAAUAUCACUUUCCGAUACCUACGUGUCUACCUCAACCACACCACGCAAGAAAGCCAAUUGGAUCCAUAUCAAGUUCUCAAAUCGUCUCUCUCAGCCGCUCUUGUCCACUACUACCAAUUCGCAGGUUGUCUCCGACGUCGUACGUCGGAUAAUCGUCUAGAACUUCACUGUCAAGUAGGAAAUGGCGUUCCCGUAAUUCUGUCCAAGGUAGAUUGUACCCUGGCCUCUAUUAACUACCUGGAUGAUCCAGAUUAUAACUUUGCUGAGAAGCUGGUACCCGACCCGAGUGAGGAGGAAGCAUUGACCCGACCCUUGAUUCUACAACUAACCCGGUUUAAGUGUGGUGGGUGGGUUUUUGGAACAGCGGUUCACCAUGCCAUGUGUGAUGGAAUGGGGUCCACGUUGUUUUUCCAUGCUAUGGCUGAGAUUGCUAAGGGAGGAAGUGGGAUGGAUAUUGAACCGGUGUGGGACCGGUCGAGUUUGCUUGGACCGAGGAAUCCACCACGAGUUGAGUUCCCGGUUCAUGAGGUUCUUAGUUUGGACAGGAAUUCGUCGCCUUACUUGGAGUCAGGUAAAGCUACUGUCCGAGAGUGCUUUGAGGUGAAGGAUGAGUGGCUGGAUCGGCUUAAGGGGUUUCUUCAUGAGCAGUCUGGUUCAAGUUAUACAACUUUUGAAGCUUUGGGAGCUUUCAUAUGGCGAGCAAAGGCUAAGGCCUCUAAAAUCCCAGAUGAUGAGACAGUGAAGUAUGCCUAUCUAACCAAUAUCAGAAGAAAAGUGAAGCCACCAUUGCCAGCAGGCUAUUGGGGUAACGGCUGCGUGCCAAUAUACGUUCAGCUCCUUGCGAAAGACCUCAUCGAUCAACCAAUCUGGAAAACAGCAGACGCGAUCAAGAAGAGCAAGAACAUCAUCACGGAUGAGUAUGUUCGUUCGUUCAUUGAUUUCCAGGAGUUGCAUUAUGAUGAAGGGAUCACAUCAGGGAAUAGGGUGAGUGCAUUUACAGAUUGGAGGCAUGUAGGCCACGAGACGGUUGAUUUUGGGUGGGGUGGCCCUGUGACUGUCUUCCCUCUGUCUAGGCACUUAGUUGGGAGUGUUGAUCCGUGCUUUUUCUUGCCUUAUUCUUCUGCUACUGAAGGUAAGAAAGAUGGUUUCAAAGUUUUGGUUUGUCUGCAAGAAGAAGCCAUGCCUGUUUUCAAGGAAGAGAUGGAAAAGUUGGAGCAUGGGCUUUCUUGAUUUUUCAAUAUAUAUGCAGGUCCCCUUUAGGGUAAUUAUGAAAUGAUAAAUGUAAUAUUUGUUGCUCUGUAAGAGCAACUGUGUUGUGUGAAGGAUAUAAAGAAACUAUGAGCAUAAAAUCUAUGGAGGGGAGACAGGGCAAUAAACUGAGACAAUAAUUGGGACUUUGUAUUAUGGUUUCAUUUUCUUUGCAGUAGCAAAGCUUUCACAAUCAUAUUGCAAUGAACUUGUUUAAUGUCU